UUUUUUUUUGUACGUGUUCUAGGCAACAAAUUUUCACACUUAAGAAUGUCGAGGAAGAAUACGAGUGGUGAUGAAUGUUCGAGUUCGGAGGAUGAAAUAUCUAAAGAAGCUUUAAAAGAAGCAACGGAUAUAAAUUUUUUAAAACCAACUUUAUUCGCUACUCAAAAAACUACAAAAAAUUCUGAAGAAUCUAAGGAAAAGUUUAAUAGUACAAAUGUUAAAUCGUUGAGAAAAAAUGUACAGGAAGAAGAUGAUUUUUGCAAUCUUGGAGUAUCAACAACAUUCAAAGCUUAUGUUGCCAAAAAAUUAGAUGCUUUAUUGGAAAGGACAGUGCAAUUGGACAGUAAAACGAAUUUGAAAAAUAACAUUAUUAAUAAAAAUAAAGAUGAAUUAAAUAAAAACUAUGGUAUAAAACUUUUGAACUCUUCGAUAAAUGUAUUAACGGAUGAAGAUGUAGUUACAGAAUUAAAAGAUCAUAAAAAAAGAAAGAAGACUGUAGAUGAAGUAACGGAUAUAUCACAAUUUCAAGAAGCAGCUGUAAAUCCAGAAUGGAUAUUAUCUAAAGUAGAAACUAAAUUUUGGACAGAAAGACAUAAAGGAUCAGUUUUUAAAUAUAAAAAAUUAAAAGAUGGUACUUUGGUAGAACAGAAUUAAAUUAAUUUGUUCAACUAUUUAUAUAAAAAGUAUUAACCAUAUUUGU